AUGGUGGAUCGAUUUUCGAAGAUGGCACAUUUCAUACCCAUCACAACAGAAGUGAAUGCAGAAGGUGUGGCGAAGCUGUUCUUCAAACAAGUGGGAAAGAAUCGCGACUACCAGCUCGGAAUUCUUGGACUUAAGGAUGAGCAACUAGAUCCAGUCCCAGUACAAUUUCCACAGGCUCUUCAUGACAAAACUCCGGUAGAAGUGUUGAGUGUUUCUUGUGGAGCUAAUCACAGGGUUUGUAGGCAUACAAUUGCCACGUGGCAGGCACAAGAAUCUGCCACAUCAGCGACGCUUUCCCAUGACGUGGCAAUACAUGAGGAGAAAUGUGGGCGCCUGCCCACGACUCUUCUUCUUCCCAGCGCGGCUGGAUCGAUCUCGAGGAGGUCUUGCGCGCUUCAGAACCAGGCGCCGCAGAAGCUGAGCAAUGGCUACGCAGGUUUUAUGUCGUGGCUCGCGAGCCGGAACGAUGAUGGCGAUCUAUCGCACUGGGACUUGGCGACAAUCUGGCAGGCAGGUCGACUCCUAGUGAUCUUCCUGACCAGCUCAGCACGGUUUUGCCCAGCACUGUUAAGCCGUGGACCAAACUUGCUCUUAUUGUCCUCAUGGAACGCUACAAAGGCCAGGCAAGUUUACUCUCAACAUUUUCGUCUUCGCUUCGCUAAAUUUUUCUCGCAACAGCUCCAGUCGUCAGCUUGGGCACCAUACAUCUCGUGUCUUCCUGAACCAGCGGGGCUCGACAACACGUUUCUUUGGGAGGACACCGAGCUAAGUUACUUGAGGGCGAGCCCUUUAUACGGCAAGACUCGUGAGCGGCUGGAAAUUAUAACAACUGAGUUUGGCCAAGUGCAAAACGCACUUGAUGUUUGGCCUCAACUAUUCGGUAAAGUGUCUGUUGAAGACUUCAUGCAUGUAUACGCCACAGUUUUUUCUCGUCCACUAGCCAUUGGAGAGGACUCGACAUUAGUAAUGAUACCAAUGCUCGAUUUUUUCAACCACAACGCAGCCAGCUUUGCGAAGCUCUCAUUUAACGGGCUUCUCAACUACGCAGUUCGGACAGAGACUGUGCUGAAAACGAUCAGAUUUGGAUAAACUGUGGUGAUCUUUCAAACGCAGAGCUUGCACUUGAUUAUGGCUUCACUGUGCCUGAAAAUCGGUAUGACGAGACUGAUCUGUUGACGCAAUUCCCGGAAAUGAACACGAUAAUUAAAGAUCAACUUGGCGGAAACACGCUGUAAAGCAUUCCUUCUUCUUUGAAGAGACUACUUGUUUGUGCUUCUCAGGGGUCAAAAACCACUUCCAAGGUUCUCCUGUGUGCCUGGAAGUAGCACGGCGAAUCGAGACGCAUGAAAAAUCAAUCCUGGAACUAAAUCAACACUCAUGGAGGUCGAGAAGUAGACGACUUCUAGCUGCCGCCGUCCUAGAUGGUGAGCUGAGAGUUUUGAAGAGCGUGAAGCAUCGGCUGGAUGGCACGCGCCAGGCAUAACUUUGGGAGACAAGAUCUUUUUCUGGUUUCGUGAAGGCCUUGUUUUCUCCAGGAAAGCACAGCGUUGCUUGAUGUAAGCCGUGGAAUAUAAAUCGGUAAGCGCGUGCAUGCGUCGGAUGAGACGGUUGGAAAACGACAGGAGGAGCGACUGCCGUAUAAGAUCGCCGCCCCCGGCUGCCAUGCUGAUCUCUCCUGCUAACACUGCUUUCUCCUUCUGGCUUUUCUUCAAGUUCUAAACAGUGAGCGAUAGCGUGAUCGGCUUUCCUGAUUGCAAGCUCGAUCCAGACGAAAGGAUGGAGUUUUUAAGUCGAGCUGUUGGUCUAUCGGAUCGUGCGUCAUCUUCGUCCUCAGGGACGCUUCGAAUUUCCAAAUUAAAGAAAGAAAGGACAUUAUUUCCAUA